AUGAAAAUCUGCAUGUGGAAUGUUAGGGGGGCAAACAGGAACUUGUUUUUAUCGCAUGCAAAAGAAAUUGGUUUUAAUCAAAAUCCUGAUAUUUUCAUUUUUCUUGAAACGAAAGCUGAUGGCUCUAGGGCUAGAGAAACAAUGCUGGCUCUUAAAUUUUCAGAUUUUAGGGUGGUUAGACCAAUUGGGACUAGAGGGGGUAUUUGGAUGUUUUGGAAAAAAACUGUUGAUAUGGUGCUUUUUGAUGCUGAAAACACUUAUUUCCAUUCCCUCUUUCACUUUAAAAAUUUUGGAAAAGAAGGUCUAGUUACUGCUAUGCAUGCCCCUAGUUCUUCCAAAGAGAAACACCAUCACUGGAAUUCAAUCCGUUCAAAUUUGCCACCAAAGAAUACACCCUGGCUUGUUUUGGGAGAUAUGAAUGAAAUUACUGGCCAGUCUGAGAAAAUGGGAGGUCGUCCUUUUCGUGUGAAUCAAGGAAAAGAUAUGUUGAAUUUUAUGGAUGAAGCUGGGCUGGUGGAUUUGGGUUUUAAUGGUUCUCCGUUCACUUAG